GUGGAGGUUGAGCCGGCCCUGUCCGUUUAAACCAAGAAGACACCCAUACCGACUCCUCAAUGCAAAAAAAUAAAAGGGUGCCAAGAAGCUGGGACGAAGGAACGUGGGUGUAAAUAGACAGUGAACGCUCUUGGUCUCUCUCUCUCCUCCUCUCGCUCUCUCUCUCUCUUCUCUCAGCUUUCUCUCUCCCUCCCCCUUCUCCUUCCCUCUCUUUCUCUCUCUCUCUCUCUUUUAUGAAAUCAAUGAACGAGUUAUUGGGUAGGACAUAAAUAUAAGGAAUCAAAGCCUCCACCGGGACCAACGGCACUGCGCGCUUUUGAUAUGCGUCUUCGCCAAAAGCUACAUGUGUUUUCAAAUCAUUGUAAAUACUGGCUUUGAUAGGACGAGAGCGGAAUCGUCUCUGGCACGGCUUGGUCUCGGAACCAAAUUUUGACCAAGACUUCCACCAGCUUUUUUUUCCUACCGUAAAACGAUUCUCCACCAUCACCAUCUGCUGCUGUUGCACCCAUCCCAACUCACUGGCCGGUCCGAAGAUGGCAACUUUAACCAACGGGCAGGUGGACGGCACGGUGCACGGUGUCGGUGUGGUCUCCGCCAGCACGAACGGGCUCGUGAACGGAUUAAACCACAGCCACAGCCCGGCGGGAUGCCCGGCCACCAUCCCCAUGAAGGACCACGAUGCCAUCAAACUCUUCAUCGGUCAGAUCCCCCGCAACCUGGACGAGAAGGACCUCCGGCCCCUCUUCGAGGAGUUCGGCAAGAUCUACGAGCUCACUGUGCUCAAAGACCGCUUCACGGGCAUGCACAAAGGCUGUGCCUUCCUCACCUACUGUGCCAGAGAGUCAGCUCUGAAAGCCCAGAAUGCAUUGCACGAGCAGAAGACCCUGCCAGGGAUGAACAGACCGAUCCAGGUGAAGCCAGCAGACAGCGAGAGUCGAGGAGAAGACAGAAAGCUCUUUGUGGGCAUGCUCAACAAGCAACAGUCAGAAGAUGAUGUGCGGCGCCUUUUCGAGUCCUUCGGCAGCAUCGAGGAAUGCACCAUCCUCAGAGGUCCCGACGGAAACAGCAAAGGCUGUGCAUUUGUAAAAUACUCGUCUCAUGCUGAAGCUCAGGCAGCCAUCAGUGCACUACACGGCAGCCAGACAAUGCCUGGUGCCUCAUCCAGUCUGGUGGUAAAGUUCGCAGACACGGAUAAGGAGCGCACCAUUCGUCGCAUGCAGCAGAUGGCUGGUCAGAUGGGCAUCUUCAACCCUAUGGCCCUGCAGUUUGGAGCCUAUGGAGCCUACGCUCAGGUGCAGCAGCAGGCAGCAUUGAUGGCCUCUGUAGGCCAGGGAGGCUACCUCAGUCCAAUGGCAGCCUUUGCUGCUGCCCAGAUGCAGCACAUGGCCACCAUCAACGGCCUCCCUGGAGCACCGCUGACCCCCACGUCAGGUGGCAGCACUCCACCAGGCAUCAGCGCCCCCACGGUGACCAGCAUCCCCUCUCCCAUUAGCGUAAAUGGUUUUACUGGAUUGCCGCCGCCCCAGGCGAACGGGCAGCCCCCCGCGGAAGCCGUCUUCACCAACGGCAUACACCAUUACCCUGUGUUGCAGGAGGUGGUUUUUAGAGAGGACUCAGAGAAAAACGGCUUGGGCGUGGCUCCGCGGAGUUGUUUUGGGGUUCAGGGUGGCUGCUUCCUCUCUUCUCUCUCUGAAGCAGCUCAAAGUCCCACUGCAGCUGAUCCUCUCCAGCAGGCUUACACAGGAGUCCAGCAGUAUGCAGCAGCCUACCCCGCUGCAUACGGUCAGAUCAGCCAAGCCUUCCCCCACCCUCCACCCAUCAUUCCACAGCAGCAACGAGAAGGACCAGAGGGCUGCAACCUGUUCAUCUACCACCUCCCUCAGGAGUUUGGGGAUGGAGAGCUGAUGCAGAUGUUCCUGCCUUUCGGUAAUGUCAUCUCCUCCAAAGUGUUUGUGGAUCGGGCGACAAACCAAAGUAAAUGCUUUGGGUUUGUGAGCUUCGACAACCCGGGUAGUGCCCAAGCUGCCAUCCAGUCAAUGAACGGCUUCCAGAUCGGCAUGAAAAGACUCAAGGUGCAGCUGAAGAGGCCAAAGGACGCCAACCGCCCCUACUAGCCCCCGCCCCAGCCAGCCGCCCCCAACCUGGCGGCCGGGGCAGCCGUCGAACACAGGGAAAAGACAGGUUUUGUUGAGCUGAAUCAUGUGUUGACUACUUGCUACCCACCGCCGAGUGCAAACUCAACAUCUGGACCACUGAGGCUGCUUCAGAAACAGAGGAUAGAGAGAAAGAGAGAGAGAGAGUGAGAGAGAGCAAUGACCGAGUCAAGGACACCUCUUUUUGGAUGUACUAAAACUUUGGAACUCAGAGAGAAUUUGUACCAGCCUGGCUAGCCCCAGGACUUUUUUUUUUUUUUCCUUCUGCACACAUAUACACACCUCUUUCCCCACAAAAACCCCGCUUGAAUGACAGCUACCUUUUUCUGGACCACAAAAAAGUUUUACUUGAACAAUGAGGAAAAAGAAACUGUAACAACACACCUACUUACAAUGACCAACCCCACUGAACUCUUAAAGGGAAUAUGGAUGUCAAAAGUCCAACAAAGAACAAAACAAACUUUUUAAAAACUGAAUAGCGGAUUGCCGUAGGAGAUCUUUCUGUAAGAUGGUUUGAGUUCGGGACAAUUGACUUGUGAAGACCAAUUCAUAAGACUUGAAACAAGAAAGGACAAAUUCUCGGAGAGAGAACUUAAGUAGGGAAUGUGAUAUUUUCAGGACACAAAUUGGCUUCGAUUUGGGAUCGCCAUCUUUAGCUCGGAGUGCCUGUCCGUUUCCAGGGGAUACCGUUGCCGAGGAGAGCCAUAGCAACGGUCUCCAGGGAGUCUUAUCUGUCAUUCCUUAGUUGUUUUAGGGACCAAAAGACCAAACAUUUUUAUUGCUGAGGACUUGUAGCUCUAAUAUACUCGGACCACUGCGUCUCUUUCAGUCAGUGUUAACUGGCCUGGGGAGUUGCACUUAAAAGAAGUGUACAUUUCGGAUAUAUACAACACAUGUAUAUAUACAUAUAUAUUGCUGAUAUGCUUUUUGAAUACAGGCAAAACUAUUUCAGAUGACCAAAUGGGGUCUCUCACUUCGCUAGUUUACAAUUACUCAAAAUGUUUAUUUUUUUCUCUUCUCAUUUUGUCUCGGGAGGGAUGGCGAGUGCAUGGGAGGGGCUGCUCCGUAUCACAGCCUUAUCUUUUUUAACUUGACAUCCUAACCUCAUAGAUAGAAUAACAUCAGAAAGGUUUGAAAUAUAUGAACUUGUUUAUAUUUGCAGUACAUAUAUAUGUAUAACAAGCAUUCAAGCAAAUGUAUUCAUAUAUACAGUAUAUAUGGAUAAAUAGAUAUUAAUCACAAAUAUAUGUAUUUAUAUGCACAUAUUUUAUAUAUGUGUGUCUGUAUAUAGAACGGCUACUGACUACGUUGAGCUGUAAUUUUUUGUAGAUUUUAGCUGGAGUUUGAAGCAUUGCUCUGCUUGGGAAGAAUCGCAAAUCUGGCAGCUCCCAAAACCGCAGGCAUUCCUAUCUCUGAUUACCUAUAUGCUGACACACAAUAUACUGCUAAAAAGAUACAUGUGUGAGAAGACACACACGUGGUGUAAAUAUUAUCUAAAAAUGCAAAAAGCCACAUCUCAGUAGCAGGCUUUAAGAGAAUCAGGCUAAAACGAUUUUAGAGGAAAAGGACAAUUAUCUUCGACUCUAUUCCAGACAUAUCUUUUGAGCUCACACACACACAACACAACACACACACACACACACACACAAACUUCUCUUUGAAACUUGAACCAAAAUGAAUACGUCUCACAACCCUUGCUCUCUUUUGCAUUCAGUAAAGUGCAUGUAGCGUAUGGGCUGUCACCAUGUCAAGGUGUGCCUUGUCACCUGCAGAAUCUGCCAUCAAGCACUGUGCUCUCGGAAAACAAAGAACAAAAAAAAAAAAAAAAAAAAGAACACACGCACACAACACACACACGAACACACUACUACUGCAAGCAGCCAGCGCGCUAUUAUGAUGUCAAACCUACAGCCAGAUUCAUAUCAUUUCUCAGCCAUGUAGAGAGCUUCAGUGCAUGUCAAACAUAAGAAACCAAUGUUGGUCCAUCAUCGUCUUUAGAAGGAGAGAAAAAAAAAGCAUUUAGGAUUAAUGUAGACUCACGCGAUUGCAUUUCAAACUAAAGCGGGCAUUAGGUAACCUGUCGGCACAGGUACUAACUAUCAAAGCUGAGUGCAGGACGCCUGUGACUGAGUACCACUGGCUGGAGUGAGGAAAGGAAAAAAAAAAAAAAGUUAAAAAAGGAAGGGUGAAGUUCAGUGUUUAAACUGGCACAGUGUGGCUCGAAAAACGGACACGACUGAGAUCACUGGAGCGAGCGUUAAGCAAGGUGAUGUAACACUGACGAAUACGGCGGACAGCUGGCUUCCCACUGAACACUAAAACGGGGGAAAAGGGUUUUUUUUUCCCGCGCCUCCCCGUGUCAACGCGUGGAUAUCCGCUGGUAACACUUGACACGAAGCAUAUCCUUUAGAAGAUGUUAUAUUGCCUGACGCUACGCCGUGCGUCCUCGUGCGAUUAAAUCGAAACAUAAAACUAAAAUGAAACUGUAAAAUGAAGCAAUAAGUGCGAAAAGCCAUUUACCCCAUUACAAGUGCUGUAUCACCGAGGCUGCUUUCAUAUUGCUUUAGCAUUAACAGUUUCUCAUAAUAGACUACAAAAAAUGGUAUGAACACCAACUUGUACACCUGCGAAAGGUCAACAGACUUGGAUUUAUUGGCCCCUGCAUUCAACACAUAUUGAGCUGGUGGAGAUUAGUCAAUGAAUAUUUAUAUAUAUGAAUAUUUAUAAGGCUAUAUGACACUUUGGAAGACAAUGCUUCCUGUUGGGUGCUGUUACUAGUUUUCCUAUAAGCUGCUCAUUAUGCCAUUUUCCCCAGCGUCUGUGUCUAACCUUUUUAGCAGUUUGAAUAAUUUAACAUUUACCUUCCAAAUCCAGCGAGGCUAAAAAGGCGCCACUACACGUCCCGGGGUGCCUCUGUUGGUGUGUGCCACACAACAACAAGCACGGGCCCCCAGUGCAAAAGCAGAUGACCGUCAUGAUCACAUGCCGCACAUCCACCUGAGCCGUCUCCGUCUCGACAACAACACCUGAAGCUAAAUGUCGCAUGUCCACCGUCCCCCCGAUCGCCACACUGUGCGCCCCUUUCUGACUGCCCCGACCACCCUGAGAAAACCCGAAAAGCGUCGACACAUUCUGGGCUUUCCCCAAAAGUCCGUCUUUCACCCGUAGGUUCACUGUCGAGUGAAAUGAGAGGAAGCAGAACAACAGGGGGGAAACUAGAAACGCCGAGCACCUCAUCGUCAUUUGCUCCAAACUUUAAGCUGCAAGUUUACACGAGAAGAGUAAAACAAAAGCAUAGUGGUUCAAAAACAUCAAGGAACAGAGCAGAAGUUUGAGUAUAAAUAUAUAUAUAUAAAUAUAUACAUAAACCGAUGAAUAUACUGUAAAUUGUUUCUUUUUUUGCUCUGUUUUCCUCUGUACAUAGGUUUGCAUAUUUUAUAGGACUUUUACUUCUAUCUACAAGGACUGGAUAAAGUACUUUAAAUACUUUAAAAAAAAAAUAUAUGAAUGAAAACAUGAUAAUGCUCAUUAAAACCAGGUACAAAAAAAAAUGAAUUGAAAAAAAUAAUAAAAAAUAAAAAAAUGAAAUAGUCGCUAGAAUACGGUACAAACUGUAGGACCUGACCAAGGCAUUUAUCCAGAAUACAGUCAGGGAGAGCAUUGACCUCAGUUAGAGCUUAGACACACAUUGACCUAUUUUAUAAAAAAAAAAAAAAAUACUUUAAUGGGUUCUAUUCAUUUAUCUAUUUGUUUAGAUAUUUAUUUAUAAGUCAUGUCCGAGAUGAUAUGCAUGCUUUCAUGGCAUUAUUUUUCUAUGAGUUGGUACGUGACCAAAUAGUUUUUAUAUGACAUGCAGGGGCCGCUGCUGUGGUCCACAGAUGAUCAUUGUUCCUGUCUGCAGGACCAUGCCUUCAGCACUUCUUUGACGACGGAGAAAAAAAACGCUCCCAAUGACCAAGUGAUGUCAAAAGACAGAUUUUAAUCAUUUAUUUAUUUAUUCAUUUAUUUAUUUAUUUAUUUGUGUUAAUUUAUUCGUGCCGUUUGAUUCAAGAUCUGAGCUCUACUAUUGCCACUGAUCUGUAAGUGCUUCUUUCUUCGGUUCACUACAUCUUUUCGAGCAUUCGGGAAAACUCUGAAUUCAACAGCUUCGAAGACUGAUUUUACAAUAACCCGUGGCUGACCAACUAUUCACAACAAUGCAGUACGACACUAAAGCCUUAUGUAUAUUUGUAAUUAUCAAUUCAUACUGUUUUUGUUUUUUUGUUUUUUUAAAAAGGGACGCUUUGUUAAAAGAUUGUUUUACAAAAAAAAGAAAAAAAGAUGCCAAAUUGGUGGAUACUUCUUUAAUUUUGAGUAAUUUGCUUCCAUUCUGACACAAACAAGGUCAAAUAAAAGGGAUAACUUCAUCAAACAACUGUUCAAUCAGACAUGGAUUCACGACAGAAGAUAUGCCUUGAACUAUAAGUUGCUGCUAAUAUGUAACGAGAUAAUGUAUGAUUUACUGAUCGCUUGCUAGCAUAGUUUUUAAAUCAUCAGAAACCUCAUCCUAUCUGUCCCACCCUGCUUUGUAUCGUUUGACAGAGCUCUGAUCUUGUUCAACUGAUGCGUUCUAUCAAGAACAAAAUUCAAUGAAAACUGCACUAUUUCAUCAAAAACAAAAUUGAGUUUCUAUCAUUUAUUUUUUCUUUUUCCCCCUUCGAUGAUGUCAUCUGUGAUUUUAUUUCUAAAAAGCUCAGUAGUGUUGCUAGAAUCACGGUUUAACUUCAUGUGGUUUUCAAAGUAUUCUGGAAAAACGAUUUCCCAAUUUCAGCACAUAUGGAGGGUGGGGAUAUGAAUGUUGCAUAUUAAGCUUUGCCAGGUUCCUGAUGAGCUAAGCUUCUGACUGGGCAGUGCGCUUUAGGCUCCCGCCCCCGUCUCUCCAGACUGCACCAUUCUCUGGUCCCCUGGACUCUUCUUUUGUAAUUUUAAAUGAAUGAUGCGUCUCAGCUUAGCCCAAUAAUAAAGCACAGUCUAGAAUAAA